GGCUUGGAAUGCCUCCUCCCUUUGGCCCAGGCCGCCAAUGGAAGUGGUCUAUCCCUACUUCCUUCCCUAUGCCAGCUACCAUGAAGCGAGAACGAAUUGGCGACCGCCUUUCUUCGCCAAGUUCUUUCGAUUGGUUGAGGGGCUCAAGACCAGCCAAGAAGUAGUGGACGCCUUGAUCACUGAGAAUGUGAGACUCAUGAACUGGACCGCUUUCAGGUGGCCGGGCUACAGUGGCAAGUCCAUUGGGAGCUAUGAGUUGGGACCUUUUGCUUCGGGUUCCACUCCUCCUGUCGUUGCUCCCGCAGAUUUUCUCACCUAUGGCUACGGCAGUUGCACUGCCUGGGCCAAAUUCUUGGCCAACGCCUUGCGCUCCGUGGGCGUCCCAGCCCGGGAGGUGGGCUCACCCUGUUGGAACACGGGGAUCUUUGCAGGCCUAGCCACUCAGAACCCCAAUGUCUCACAGUGCUGGCACGGAGGGACGCGUGAAGUCUCUGGCAGCCAGUACUUGAACAACCACAACUGGGUGGAAUACUGGGACAACGUCCAGCAAACCUGGCGCUUCUUGGACGUAGCCACCAGCUCAUCGAGUGAGGAUACAUGGUUUUGCAAGAAGUACCAGCAAGGCUGCGACUGUAGCAGCAACGCUGGCAGUGCCAUGCAGGACCAUGACAUUCUGGCACCGACUUGGAGUGUAUCUGGUGAUGAAUCGAUCCAUGGAGGUCCCAUCGUGGAUGUUGGGAGCAGCCUUCGACUAAGCACUGGAGAGGCUGUCUCUCCACUGGUCUGGUCGCCACAUCUCACAUCGCCCCUGGGCUUACCCUUGAAAGAUGUGGGUUUGCGCGUCGUGAAUCGUACGGACUUUUAUCGCUGCCAUGGAAGGACAUUGAGCGUCUGAGGAGGUCCUUCCAGGGACACGAGCAGAGGAUCAUGUCCAAAAA